AUGGACCCGGUUUCGGCGCUCGGUCUAACCAGCGCGAUCCUGCAGGUCAUUGACUUCUCCUCGAAGCUUAUUUCUGGGGCUGCGGAAGUCUACUCAUCGGCUUCAGGAACAACUGUCCAGUUUGAAGAUUCAGACAGAGCCAUCGAGUCUCUGAGGAACCUUACGCGACGCCUUGAUGUCCGCAACACGGGCAGUCCUCUGUCGAGUGAGGAGCGCAGCCUUUUAGAGACGAAGCGCGGCUGCGAGGACCUGUCCCGAGACAUCCAGGCAAUCAUAAAUUCUACGAAGUCAAGAGACACGAGGUCCAAGAGAGUAAGCGUUAUGGUCUCUUGGAGAGCCAUGAGGCGCAAGGGAAAAUUCAAAACACUCGAAGAGCGACUGGAGCGGUAUAGGACACAGGCUCAGGAGUAUCUGUUGGCAACAAUGAGCGAUGAUCUAUCCAACACAAACAAGUUCUUGGAGGCACUCACACAAGAACAAGCUCAGUAUGCGCAGACGACACGCUCCGAAAUCCGCCAGAUGAAGACGGAUAUCACGACUGCGGUUCACCAGGCGCAAGUUAGGCAAGGCGUCAACAACGGCGGCACGUCGCCAGAUCAAUUGCCCCUUCUAUCCACAAUUCAGGAAUCCAUUUCAAAGCUCGUCAGAGCAACAAAGGUCGUCAAUCAAGAGGAUGUUGUCCUCCGGAGGUUGUGGUAUCCGGAGCUUGGCGGUCGGGAACGCGCGGUUGAAAUGCCACACAAGAAGACUUUCCGGUGGCUUCUGUAUGAUUCGGGACUUCCAAAUUCAGUUUCCCAGGUUUCCGAAGGAAACGAUGAAUUUAUAGAGCCGGGGAUCGCAGGCAUUCCAAGCUGUGGUCGGAACUCUUGCUCCGACCAGAGCGCUGGCUCUAUUGACGCCCAUGACGCCAUGAGCUUCCACACAGCGCCUGAUGGGGGAGAGAACGGCGUGCCUGAUGCUUUGGGAGAUUUUGACGCCGAGUCAGGGUCAUCCAUCUCGGAGUGUAGCACCACUCCUAGCAUUCUAAAGAGAUCAGAAAAGAGCCGCAGGGUGUGGCGUGAGCAAAGGGAAUGGCGUAACCAGAAGCGAGAAGCCUUCCUGACCUGGCUCCGGACUGGGGAUGGAAUCUUCUAUUGCUCUGGAAAGGCCGGUUCGGGAAAGUCCACGCUUAUGAAAUUCUUGGCCCACGAGAGCCGGACUCGAGAUGAGCUGUCCUUUUGGUCCCAAAGCCAGGGGACGUCUCUCAUCCUUUCACACUUUUUCUUCUGGAAUUCCGGUACGCCUCUGCAAAGGAGCCUCGAGGGUUUAUACAGAGGCAUCAUAUGGGACAUUCUGCGACAAUGCCCAAGUCUGAUUCCUGUCGUGUUUCCCGCUGCUUGGUCAUCCAUCGGAAUCGGAAUGAUUCCGGCGACAUCUCAGCCAUUCACAAUGGAUGAGCUAGAGUCCGCAAUGGACCGCCUGUUCCGUGAAGAGGCAGUCACUUCAUUGCACAGUCUCUGCCUUCUUAUUGAUGGACUUGACGAGUGUGAGGGCGAUUACUGGAAGUUUGCCAAAGCUAUCACUCACUGGGCCGCGUCUUCCAAGCACGUCAAAUUCUGCAUUUCCAGCCGUCCAUACAGUGCUUUCCUACGGCAUUUUGCUUUAGAUGAGGCGAGGCAUCUCAGGCUCCAUGAACUUACCAUAACCGACAUGUAUAGGUUCAUAUCUGACCAGUUUCGAGAGGACGAGAGGUAUACUGCAAUUGAGGAUAACAUCCGCCGGGAGCUUGACUUGCUUAGCGCUAUAGUGGACAGGUCAGACGGUGUCUUUCUGUGGGUUCGCCUCGUCACCGUGGAAUUGCUUAGUGGCAUUGGGGACCAUUGUUCAAUCCCGCAACUCAUCAAGAGACUGGAAACUAUCCCUUUUGGUCUUACAAACAUGUUUCAGAAGAUGCUAGACUCGAUCGAUAGAACGGAGCGACAACGAGCUGCUCAGAUGUUCUUGACCAUGACGCAUGGCUCGUAUCUCAGGUCAACUGUCAGCACAAUGGUGUUCGUUCAGGCCAUCUUGGACGACCUAGCGGAUGAUCCAGGACUUGCCGUCCCGUUGCUGUCUGGAAAUAUUGGACCUUACCUCAGCUCAGCCGACUGCAUCGAAAAAUGUCACACCGCGGGUCCUCGUGCCGUAGCAAGGUGCAAGGGGCUGAUCGAAGUGGCACAUAGCAACUGGCAAUUUCCACACUGCCACCAGCUCAGCUUUGUACAUCGAACAGUCGGCGAUUUCUUCAAGGACGAAGAAAUCCAGCUCAGGCUGAAGUCUGCGGCGGGCGACUUCUGCCAUCACCGGAGUCUUUCACACGCCAUCCUUGCGUGCGCUAAAUUCAUCAACCCACACGAGUCGCUUGAAUGCCCUCAAUACGGUACUGGCGGGACUUCGACCUCGGCCAGCGAUUCUGAGUCCUCGCAACCCAUCGCGUUCAUAGACCCGGGUUUCCGCACGCGGGAGUUUCUAAACAUAAUACGAUGUGCGGAAUUGGAUGGAAUUUUACCCAUGGCAGUGGAGGUAGAUUCCAUGAUUUCGAUGCUGCGACAAACGAUCGAGAAUGACUCCAAAGGAGCACCUGCCUGUGAAUUUCCCAAGCCUCUUUUUGACCUCAAUGUUACAACAGGUUGCUGGUGGGGACCCAUUUCUACACAAGACGUGCAGUCAGCUGUCGUUUGCUACAGCAUAUGCGUUGAGGGGAUGGCUGAGACUGCCUUCGAGUUAGUUUCCAGGCACCCAGAUCUUUUGGUGCUCUCUCCUGGGAAACACCACGUCUUUCUCUCGGCAGCGUUGAGGGAUCUCUACGAUGCCUACGGUUUUGGAAAGGAUAUCAGCAGAACACAUGUCUUGAUCGAGCGAGCUUCUUCGUCAAUAAAUGCUGACUGUUCAGGGAGAUGCAAGAUUAGCGAAAAGAAUAAGGGCUUUGCGAGGCGCAAGACUCUAGGUCUACAGUUCAGCACCUGGACGGCCUUCUUGUUGGCUUUGUCUCAACUCAUGAUGUUUGGCAAACCUGAAUCCCCGAGCAAUCUUACAGGGAUUUCUACACUGCUGGAGCUCUUCUUGCAGCACGGAGCAGACCCGCAUGUCCUUUUUAUAGGAUACAGCUUCGCAACACCAACAGACGACGUUACUCCAGCGCAACCAAAAGGGCCACUCUACAUGGAUCUCUUGGGCAUGAUGACGAUCUGGAGGCUUCUACCGACGAAGUUGACUCAGAAUGUGCUCAAUGUUGCUCGUCAGAAGCAGCGUCAGGGUUGGAUCCGUCGAUUGUUGGGUGAGCUCCCAUGGCUGGGUCGACAGACUCAAAAUGCUUACGAGAAAAUGUCACGACUUGAUGAAAGCAUCAGCGGCGAUUUCAUUCCGUUGUCGAUUACCUCAUGUGGUAGCCUGGCAUCUGUGUCCUGGGACGCUCUGCACGAGACUGCGGAUUGGAUCUCUGAAUAUGGCAGCAACAAUUUCACAUUUAGCUUCGAUGUAUGA